AGGCUAUAUAUGGGAGUGGGCGUGAAGAAAGCUUCCCCUCAGUGCGAUUCCGUCCGGAGAGCGCAGCCGCUGGCCCCCCAAGGAGCAGGCCCGAGACCAUGGAGGACAGUAUGGACAUGGAGAGCAUGGGCCCCCUGCGCCCUCAGACCUUCCUCUUCGGUUGUGAACUAAAGGCAGAUAAGGAGUAUCACUUCAAGGUGCAUGAUGAGGAAAAUGAACACCAGUUGUCACUGAGAACAGUCAGUUUAGGCGCUGGUGCCAAAGAUGAAUUACACGUUAUAGAAGCAGAGGCAUUGGACUAUGAAGGGAACCCUAUUAAAGUCACACUGGCAUCUUUGAAAAUGUCAGUACAGCCUACGGUUUCUUUAGGUGGCUUCGAGAUUACACCUCCAGUCGUUUUGAGGUUGAAAUGCGGUUCAGGGCCCGUUCAUGUCAGUGGUCAGCAUCUUGUAGCAUUAGAGGAAGAACCAGAGUCUGAUGAUGAAGAUGAAGUGAAGAUAUUAAACACUUCAGCAAAGAGACCAGCAAGUGGAAUAGCAGCUAAAACUCCACAGAAAAAAGCAAAAUUGUUAGAAGAUGAUGAUGAUGAGGAUGAAGAUGACGACGAUGAGGAUGAAGAUGAUGAAGAUGAUGAUGAUUUAGAUGAAGAGGAAGAAGAGAAGAUUCCAAUGAAGAAACCUGCCCGGGAUUUGUCAGCAAAAAAUACUCCGAAAUCAAAGCAGAAUGGAAAAGAUUCUAAGCCGUCCACACCAGCGUCUAAAUCAAAAACUCCGGCAUCUAAUAAAAAGGAAAAUAAACCACAAAGUCCAAAAUCACCAAAAGUACCCCUUUCACUAGAGGAGAUUAAAGCAAAGAUGCAGGCAACCAUAGAAAAGGGUUCUGCCCUUCCUAAAGUGGAAGCCAAAUUUGUCAACUAUGUUAAGAAUUGUUUCCGGACACAGGACCAGAAGGUUAUUCAAGCUCUCUGGCAGUGGAGACAGACUCUGUAAGAAAGAAAACAGUUUAAACCGUUCAUUAAAAUGUGCAGUCUUAUUUCUGUAACCAUUAAUAUUUGGCUGUCCUUUUUAUAUAUGCUGAAAGAACUUUCCCUACUGCGUCUGAUAAAUGUCGUCCAGAAUACUUUGCCAAGAAUGUGUUGUCCAAAAUGCCUGUUUAGUUUUUAAAGACAGAACUCCACCCUUUGCUUCAUUUUAAAUAUGUAUGGAAUGUUUUGAUAAGGCAUAGUAGAGGUGGUGGUCAGACAAAUGGAAAUGGUGGGGAGACUAAAUGUACAUGUGAAAAUAAAAUUUAGUAUUUUGAUAAAGUA